AUAAGCCAUUUUGAAUCAUUACACCACAGCAUAAUCAAGAAAACGAAAUUAUCUUGAAUGGCUCGUGUGGUUUCAAACCCUUUAAGCUUCCAUAGAUUCCGACCAUGUUUUCAUGGCUCAUGCACCUUCAACACCACUCUCAGCUUCCAAAUCAGACCACGCAGAUUCCCGAAUGUUCUAGUAGCUUGCCAAACUGAUCCUAAACUCACAGAAACCUCCACAACUGUAACUACUUUUGAUAAGGUUACUGUUGAACCCAUUUCUUCAAGUGAUGUGAAAAAUGAGGGUUCAACUUCAACUGGGCUGCCUGAAUUUCCAAAUAAGAGUGUAAAUAAGCGAAUUGCAGCGGUUUCUUUGGUUGCUGCUGUGGGGCUUUUCUUGUCUGCAAGAUUGGAUUUUGGUGUUUCUUUGAAGGAUCUUACUGCUGCUGCUUUACCCUAUGAAGAGGCUCUUUCUAAUGGAAAACCUACUGUUGUGGAGUUUUAUGCUGAUUGGUGUGAAGUAUGUCGAGAGCUAGCUCCAGAUGUUUACAAAGUUGAGCAACAGUUCAAGGAUAAGGUUAAUUUUGUUAUGUUGAAUGUUGAUAACACAAAGUGGGAACAAGAGCUUGAUGAAUUUGGUGUUGAGGGUAUUCCACACUUUGCAUUUCUAGACAAACAAGGGAAUGAAGAGGGCAAUGUAGUUGGUAGAUUUCCAAGGCAGUAUUUCCUUGAGAAUGUCGAUGCGCUUGCUCGAGGGGAAGCGGACAUUCCUCAUGCUCGUGUCCUCGGACAAUAUUCGAGCACCGAAUUAAGGAAAGUGCACCAAGUUGUUGAUCCUAGAAGUCAUGGAUAGAUGCCACUCUCUUCUCUGAAUUUGAGGUUGAAUAUUUCAAAUUGAAUCCGGUGGACUUGCUACUGCUUUGUUUUCAAUUGCCUAUAAGCAAUAUUUAACUUCUGCAAAAAGUAUAUAAUUUCUACAGCUUAGAUAGUUUUUUAGUAGUAGAACCCAUUUUGGAAAAACUCAGGUGUACUAUUUAACAUUUAAAAAUUGUAUAGAAAAAUGUUCAGGAAUACACAUUCUUGAUGUCAAAAGAUGUUUAAAAUUGAAUCUCAGAUGUCAAAAUUCAAGCA